AUGAAUGGAUUGCCUGGCGAUAUCUUGCGGUGGUUCGGUGAAGAUAAUGACCUUGAUCUUGCCCUGGACAAAAAGCCUACGCACUUCACCGACUCAACAACGAAAGCUCCAUAUCGGAAGAAGUCUUACUUCAGGAGAACAUUGUCCUUGAAUUCAGCCAGAUUCACUCGGUCACAGGCGUUAGCCGUUUCCCAAUCACCCACUACGCCAUCUUUCCUUGCCAAUAUUCUCACCCGCGAUCUCAGAUCUCGACCGUUGUCGAGCAAGACACAAAGCCAUCAUGUCACUCCGUCAACGUCUGGCAGUAUUGAUCCAUGUGCCCAGUAUUAUCAGAACCCGGAAGCGCGCCUUAAGCUGCGACUUUAUCUAGCUUCUCCUCACAACUUUGACGAAGCAAUUGAGCUUGGAUUUCCAGCCCCAGGGGUCAGAGAUGUCGCAUUAGAUCAACAAAGCUCGCCAAAGCACAAUCCCAAGUCCCGAAGGGCUACAAUAAUGCCUUCGGAGGUCGGUCAAAAUGCAAAUCUCGGCACAAGCAGAGACCAUAUCUCAGGCCUCGUACAGGCUUCUUGCGUAUUGAGACACUCUGUCUCGUGCAACGAUCUCCCGCUUGAUGACGGACAACAGACAUCUACCAUCAACCCCAAGGUUGAUUUGCAGCAAAAGCUAGGAAAGCGCGAAAUGACGCUGAAGAUGACGUUGACGCGGCCAGAUCUUCGAACAAACUCCUGGAUCGACAUUCCACCUGUUAUAGAUACCCCUGGGGCCAUCGAGGCCACGAAACCGCCGUCAGCAGAUAUAGAUUCUCAACUCCGGGAUUCGGAUGAGGAAAAACGAAGCAGGAUAAAAGAUGUGUGGUACAAGCUUCAGAUAUGGAAAUAGUUGUGGAUUUGAAAAGACA